CGCGCGCGCCAUGGCGUCGAGCAGAAAUUCAAGGCUUGGGGACGGGCCCUUCGUGACCAGCGCUGUGACGGGUCUGAUUUCCGUCCCUCGCACGCUUCUCCCUCUCAGGAGGGGCAGGGUGCGCGGCCCUGAGGCCGCUUUGCUAGCCGCUACGUGAGAAGGAAGGCGCUCCGAGGGGCGACAUCCCCAUGCAGAAGGCAGCUUCUAGCAUAGAACCUACGGCUGUCCGGUCCCUGCAGACUGCACAUCCCCGCCGCCAGCCACCGCUAAGGUCGCUCCCAACAUGCGGACGGUCUUAGUACAACACGUGGAUGUGACAAGCACUUCGAUCGUAUGCGUCGAUUGACCGGACUCACCGACAAUUAUACCGCCCAUACACUCGCUCGCGUUGUUCACCGGGUCCAAGAACGGCGCAUACAGGCACUGCGCGCCGAAGAACGCCACCGUCGUCCUAAGCGGUCUCGCUUCGAGUGGACCAUGGCUCAUCAGCGCCAGUCCCAGUACUACAAGGAUAUCAAGGCCAAAUUGGGCAGCGAGGAUAAGGACAUGUACGAGAAACUGGAGAAGGAGAGGAUGCUGAUCUUGAAGCAGAACGAUGAGAGGAGGAAGCAGAAGGAGGAGCUCGCGGCUAAACUUGAAGAAGUGAACAGACAGGCGAGCCGAGCUCUCGGUGCCGAGGAGCACGGAUUGCUUCCUUUCUAG